GAGAAAAGGACACUGAAGGGUCCUUUGAGGUGGGCGUACAUUUCGUGCACUGCGCCUUUAAGAAGCAGCGCUUCUCUGAUUGGUUCUCCUAUGUUCAUGCUCUCUUCCUCCUCUCUGAAGUUACGGCAGUGCUGUCCUGAUCUUUAGACAAGUGGCUUAGGUACAGAACAUAAGUUUGUCUGGCGCCAAAUACAUUGAGAAAAUGGCAGAGGACAUCCCAGACCUUCCCAGUGGUCCAUUGGACAUCUAUAGGAAGAAAGCAUCAUUCAACUGGAAGGACAUGAUGCGUUUUCUAGAUGGCGAAGAAAUCAUUGCAUUCAAGCAACACGUGUUCCAGACUCUGGAAAAUGACCCACUGUUUGCCCGGCAGCCGGGUGAGGAUAUUCCUCUGGAGCAGAUGAGAGAGAUCACUUUUCGUCGCUGUAAACAGUUAUUUAAAUACAAGUUUCUGACACAAGAUGAAAUCGUGCAGAACCCCUUCAAGUUGACAACAUUGAAUGACUGCCUGGGAAUGUACGACUGGUCUUUAGGAGCAAAGUUUAACCUUAACAAAGGGCUGUAUGGAGCCACGGUGGCAAACACGGGAUCUCGGAGGCACAAGAAAUUUGUGCAGGACAUUGAGAAUAUGAUGGCAUUUGGCUGCUUUGCAUUAACAGAGCUGAGCCAUGGUAGCAACACACGAGCAAUGAGGACAACAGCUACAUAUGAUCCCAGCACUCAGGAAUUUGUGAUAAACACUCCAGACUUUGAAGCAGCAAAGUUCUGGGUGGGAAAUUUGGGGAAAUCGGCCACUCACGCGGUCCUGUUUGCCCAGCUGUACACACCGGAUGGAAAUUGUCAUGGCCUGCAUUCUUUUGUGGUCCAAGUCAGGGAUCCAAAGACCUUGCUUCCGAUGCCAGGUGUGAUGGUUGGAGACAUUGGAAAAAAACUGGGUCAUAAUGGUUUGGACAAUGGUUUUGCUAUGUUUCAUAAUGUGAGGAUUCCACGGGAAAACUUACUAAACAGAACAGGAGAUGUUUCGCCGGAUGGGCGCUACAUUUCCCCUUUUCAGGACCCCAAUAAGCGGUUUGGGGCAUCUUUAGGGGCUCUGUCAGCAGGCAGGGUGGGCAUUACCCGGAUGGCACUGGUCAAUUUAAAGCUGGCUAUGACUGUUGCUGUCCGUUUCUCUGCCACACGCAGACAGUUUGGGCCCAGAGAGGAUGAAGAGAUUCCAGUGCUGGAAUAUCAGCUACAGCAAUGGCGACUGAUUCCAUACCUGGCAGCAAUGUACGCGCUGGAGAUUUUCACAAAAUCCUUCAUCAUGAACUAUGUGGAAUUUCAGCUUGGUCUUAUGAUGAAGGACAAAAGUGACAGACAGGCUGAACUGGGCAGAGAGAUUCAUGCCAUAUCAUGCGCUAGUAAACCUCUAGGAUCGUGGAUAGCCCAGCGAUCCAUUCAGGAAUGUCGGGAAGCAUGUGGAGGACAUGGAUUCCUUGCAAUGAACCGCUUGGGAGACAUGCGCAACGACAACGACCCAAACUGCACGUAUGAGGGUGAUAACAAUGUUCUUCUACAACAGACCAGCAACUACCUGCUCAGCAUGCUUCAGCAAAUACAACAAGGUAAAGGAAAGAUUGAAUCGCCUCUUGAGACCAUAAACUUCUUAAAGGACAUGAGCAGCAUUCUGCAAAGCAAGUUCACAGCUGCCUCAGUGGAAGAGUGCAUGAACUCAGCCGUACCUCUGGCGGCAUAUAAGUGGCUUGUGUGUUUUCUGCUGGGUGAGAGCCAGGAGAAGCUGUUGCGUGAGAAAUCCUCUGGACUGGGAGACUUUGAGGCCCGAAACAACAGUCAGGUGUAUUACUGUCGUUCGUUGGCUAUUGCUUAUAUUGAACACAUGGUGCUGCAGCGCUUCCAUGACAUGGUUGAAGAUGAACAGACUCCAGCUGGUCUCAGAUCAGUUCUUGGGCGUCUAUGUGCUCUCUACGGCCUGUGGUCCAUCACCAACCACAUGGCCAUACUGUAUCAAGGAGGUUAUUUUUCUGGCCGACAACCGGUUGACUUCAUUCAGACAGCCAUUCUCACUCUGUGUGGGCAGUUAAAGGAUGACGCCGUGGCAUUGGUCGAUGUGGUUGCUCCUCCUGACUUCAUCCUACACUCACCCAUUGGCAAAGCAGAUGGUGAGCUUUACAAAAACCUGUGGUCCGCAGUCAUGCAGGGCAAGAAUGUUCUGGAACGGCCAUCAUGGUGGGCUGAGUUUUGUUCAGACAAACCUGUAGUUGGAUCGCUUAGAGCCAAGCUGUAACCCCUACCACUGGAGAACCAUUGCAGAUUUUUGUUCAUCUUUCUGCCUGUCAAGCUAAGCUAAACUGUAUUAAAAGAUAAGUUUGCAAUUCUGUCUUAAAUGCAAAGGGGAGAGUGGGGGCAAAAGUUAAUUUUUUU